CAUAAGCCAGAGACCUACAUCGAGUGAUCAUUAGACUGAGAACUUUGCACUGAAACCUUUACGCUAUACCAAAAUGGUAUUUUCACUCUCCACUGUGACCGUGCUGGUUCCAAUCAUCUCUCUGUUUGGACUUUUCUAUUCUGCAAGUGUGGAUGAGAAUUUCCCCCAGGGAUGCACCAGUACUAGCAGUGUGUGCUUCUAUAGCCUCCUGCUACCAGUCACCAUCCCAGUCUAUGUGUUUUUCCACUUGUGGAAAUGGAUGGGAAUCAAACUGUUCAGACAUAAUUAGUGCUCUGCAGGUUUAACUCCAAAAUGUUUGUAUGAUGUAGAGGUAAAAUAAAAGUCUCUCUGAGGA